GAGGAAACUAAAUAUGAAAAAUUUAUGAAAGAAAAUCUGUACUAACCAGCCAGGCAAAAAUGUAAAUGACCACGAUAUCUGCAAUGUGUAUAAGCAUGUGUGUGUAAUAGUACAUAGAUAGUAGUUCGACGAAGUGAGUACACAAUUUUUUGAAAAUUCGAAAAAAUCUCAAAUGGUGCGAAGAAGCAGCUAAAAAUUUUUUGUGAGUGCGAAAAUUAAAUUUGCUUGCUAGUUAUAUGUAUAUUCAUGCGUGUGCGUACCACAAGAGCGUAAAAUACGCCAACGAAAUAACCGACAAAAUACGAGAGUAUAUUAAUAAAAAAAUACAAAUCGAAAACAACAGCAAUCACAACAAAACGACAACAUACGAGUAAACAAAUAUUCAAGCAGUAAAUGAAAGAAAUAUAUUGCAAGUGCAAGUGGUUAUGGCAAAAAUUGCAAAUGAAACCAAAAUGCAACCAAAAUCGAAUUAAGUCCAAACGACAAGUGAAUAAAAUAAAAGUGUAAAAGAAAAAGCAAAAGCCAAAGCAAGAGUCAAAGUAAAAUUUUAUCGAAAUUGUCAACAGUGCAUAAAGCCUUCCAUGGAAUAACGUUAACACGCCAACAUUCUCAAAAAAAACAAAAACAAUCAAACCACAACACCAAAGCACACCGCCCAGCCGUAGCGGUAGCAGCAGCAAGCAAUAUGCUCAUACUGAUAGCAUUUAUUUGAGUAUUGAAUCAACGGCGAAUGCAACGCCAACAAUAACACGCAAAUCGAUUGCAGCAAAGUGAUUAAAUGCGUCAGUGAGUCAGUCGGUUGACGUGUCAUUCAGUUGGCGCAUCACUCAGCUAUCCCGAAAAGGUCUCAGUUGCGUCCACUUACGCGUGCGUGCACAGCAUAUUUCUCCAGAUAUUGUGCGCUUUGCAGAACCUGUCACAUCUCAAUUUACGCUCCUUCACUUCGUCCGCCGCCUACGCAGUGUCAGCUACCAACGGAAACCACAAAACCUAAGCUACAUAUCCUCGAGCUGUGAAUUGCAGGUGUGCUAUUACCACUGCUACAUUACAAAGUGCAGCGCCGGCGUUGACAGUUGAAAAGAACGAAAUUGACGCGCUGACAGGCAGCGGAAGGUGCUGAAAGUGGGCGACGAGGCGGAGUAGCCAGCGAAGAGACGAUUUAGCGACGCAGGGCGUAGGCAACCAAAGGAACCAUAAAUAUUAUAAUGUCUUGCACCGUAUCAGAGCUACCGUCGGGAUGUCACCUCCGUGGCAUCAGCACUUCUUCGUCGUCGGUAGUGGUGGCGGCGGCCGCAGCAGCAGCUGCACAGAGUGGUGGCGGUGGUAGUGGUAGCAAUAGUGGUGGUCUCAAUACGGGCGGCAUACAUGUGGGCGGCAAGCUCACUACGACAAGUGCGAUGGGCGCAACAACAACAAGUUUGCGCGGUGGUUCAACGGGGAAUGCGGGGGCGAGCUUACUGCCCGAGACGAUGAUGACGGGCACGACGACGACGACGGCAGCGGCAGCGGCAGCAGCGGCGGCGGCAGCGAUGACAGCAAACACAACACAACGACAGCAGCAACAAUCACAGAAACCCUGCUGCUUUUGUUGGUGUUGCUGUUGCUCAUGCUCGUGGGCAAAAUGUUUGGCAAUAAAAAAUGCGGAAGACAAUGCACCAACAAGACGUGAUCCAGCGAGCAUGGAUCUGCUACUGGACGGUGAACAGCCCAGUCUGGAGGAGAUAAGAAGUUGGGGCAAAAACUUCGAUUUGCUAAUGAAAAAUGCGGCUGGGCGCAAAGUGUUUCGUGACUUCCUACGCAGCGAAUUCAGCGAAGAGAAUAUCCUAUUUUGGCUCGCCUGCGAAGAGUUGAAAAAAGAAAAUAGUUCUGAGGCGAUCGAAGAGAAAGCGCGUCUCAUCUAUGAGGACUACAUUUCGAUAUUGUCGCCACGUGAAGUGUCGCUGGAUUCGCGCGUACGUGAGAUCGUCAAUCGUAAUAUGGUCGAACCGACAACGCAUACCUUUGACGAGGCGCAAAUACAAAUCUACACGCUCAUGCACCGAGACUCAUAUCCAAGAUUCCUCAACUCGCAGAAAUUCAAAGCGCUGGCACAAUUACAAGAUGGCAGCUUAUCUGCAGCGGCUUCCACAACAGACAGUCCCACUUAAGAAGGUGGCAAGCAAGCGUUUGCUGAACCAGCGAAAGUCAACAGUUGGGGGGGGGGAGAAAAAACCAAAGCAUUUCACAAAAAACAAUAAAUAAUAAAAAUAGGCACAGAUGGUAAGCUUUAGUUUAAAGCUGGGGGAAGUGAAGUAAGUGGAAGUGGAAGUGUCAAAAUGAAGUGAAAAAACGAAAAAGUAGUAAGCAAAAAUUGUAAACCGCAAACAAAUCAGCAGAUCAGCAAACCAAUCAACCAACAAACAAACAAACAAUAAAGUGUGUUCGCAAAAGGCUUGCGGAAUGCAACAAUUAAAUUUAAGUAGCACCUAAGCUCUAGCACUAGACAAGUUUAAGGACUAAGCGUAAAAGCAUUAAGCAUUAAGCACUUAAAUGUCUAAGCAGAUGAUCUAAGGUUCUACUACAGCAGCAGCAAAGAUAAAGAGGUUAUAAUAGCAAGAACAACAACAGCAACAAUAUAUAUAUUUAUGUAUGUAUGUAUUCUUAAGGAGAAAAGUUUGCUACAGUUUUUAGUUUCCUACUAGCUUGUAAGCGUCAAGCGAAAAUACUUACCACAUGCACUUACUUUGACUAAUGUGCUUAUGUAUUUGGAUACUUAUUUACUUACAUACUUACUGGUUUAUGCAGCAUACUCUCUCUCGCUUGUAGGAAUUUCUAGUCGAUCAUUACUUAAGAACUGUUGCUUUAGAUAGGCGCCAAGAAAGCAUGCAGAGAGUGAUUUAAAUACAUAC